UGGCUAACGGCUUCUGACCCAACGCCCAGUUUGGGGGCUUAUUUCAUGAGCAAGAAUUUGCUGGAAUUUCUUCUCAAGAGGAUUUGUCCUGGAUGAAAAGUAGGGACUGGACCUCUAAGCUUGUUGGUGCCUCCCUGUCUGUGCUGUAGCAGUUUUCAGGAUGGACUCGUACCUGAUCCAAGUGAACAGCCCUGGAGAUCAUGCCCCUCUGCUGGAUGUUCAUCUCAAGGCCAAUGGAAACAGCAUGUCACUGAGGAAGGUGAAGGGCCGGAAGCCAAGAUGGGCUGUCAGGGCUUCUGAAAUGUCAAAGAAGACUUUCAAUCCUGUCCGAGCCAUUGUAGACAGCAUGAAGGUGGAGCCCAACCCAAAGAAAGCUAUGAUUUCCUUGUCUUUAGGAGAUCCGACGGUCUUUGGAAAUCUUCCCACAAAUGAUGAGGUCACACGGGCUGUGAAAGAGGUUUUGGACUCAGGACGUUACAAUGGCUAUGCUCCAUCUGUUGGCUACCAGUCCUGCCGGGAAGCAGUGGCUGCAUAUUACAACUGUCCAGAGGCACCACUGGAGGCCCAGGAUGUCAUCUUAACAAGUGGCUGCAGCCAGGCGAUAGAGCUUGCCUUGGCAGUGCUGGCUAACCCAGGCCAGAACAUCCUGGUGCCACGGCCUGGCUUCUCCCUCUACAAGACUCUGGCACUGUCCAUGGGAAUUGAAGUUAAGCUUUACAACCUCUUGCCAGAGAAGUCCUGGGAAAUCGAUUUGAAGCACUUGGAGUCCCUGGUGGAUGAGAAAACAGCUUGCCUGAUUGUGAACAACCCAUCAAACCCCUGUGGUUCUGUGUUCAGCAAGAGUCACCUCCAGAAGAUCCUGGCAGUGGCAUCAAGACAGUGUGUUCCUAUCCUUGCUGAUGAAAUCUAUGGAGACAUGGUGUUUGCUGACUGCAAAUAUGAACCCAUUGCAACUCUCAGCACCAAUGUACCCAUCUUGUCCUGUGGUGGCUUGGCAAAGCGAUGGCUUGUCCCUGGAUGGCGGAUGGGCUGGAUCCUAAUCCAUGACAGGAGAGACAUCUUCGGUAAUGAGAUCAGGGAUGGCCUUCUUAGACUGAGUCAGAGGAUCCUAGGACCAUGUACAAUUGUCCAAGGAGCACUGGAGCGUAUCUUGCACCAGACGCCCCCUGAGUUCUACCACAACACCCUCAGCAUCCUCAAGUCCAACGCUGACCUUUGUUAUGCUGCCCUAUCAGCUAUCCCAGGCCUCCAGCCUGUCCGGCCUGCUGGAGCCAUGUACCUCAUGGUUGAAAUUGAGAUGGAGCAUUUCCCUGAAUUUGAAAAUGAUGUGGAGUUCACUGAGCGGCUCAUCUCAGAGCAGUCUGUGUUCUGCCUGCCGGCCACAUGCUUUGAGUACCCAAACUUCUUCCGUGUGGUGAUCACUGUGCCUGAGGAGAUGAUCUUAGAGGCCUGCAGUCGCAUCCAGGAGUUCUGCGAGAUGCACUACCAGGGUGCUGAAGGGGCCCAGGAUUUGGAGUGUGACAAGUAGCCACAGCCAGCCUCCUGCCUCUGCCUGGCUAGAUCUUGUAUGAGGCAGCAGGCAGGACUAUGUCUGGCCAGCCCCACAACCCCCUGCCUGUAGGCAGCUGCUGUCCUGCUGCUUCAUUUUUUUUUGCUUCACAGACCUCCUAAGCACCAUGGAAAGAAGCAGACACUUCUUUCUUUUCCACUGCAGCUCCCACACCCUCUGGCAUCUGGUGUCUGUGGUCUCCAUAUACUCAGUAUCUGCACCCCCCCAGUGGUCUGUGUUGCCCACAAACAAACUGCAGGUAGGGGCAUGUAGCUGAUCCUGCACCAGGACCUGCAGCCUAUGGCCCUGUGUGGCCAGUAGCUCCCAUGCUGCCUGCACUCCCCCUCUGGGGCAGGAGAUGGUUGUGGUCUCAGAGGACAAGAGACACUCACCCACCUCUCACCUGUCUUAACUUAGGAGGUCAGAGCUCUUUAUACCAAGCCCUUUGUGCAACAAAGGGAGUAAGUUAUUGUGACUUUUUUUUUUUUUUAAUUAUUAAUAAAUGUUCUGAGAUGGCAG